AUGUGACGUUACUUACACGUUACACUACAUAACGGUAAUACGUGAAAUGUAUUAUUUAAAAUUAAUUUGUGAUUUCUCUUAGCUGUUGCCCAUGGCCAGCGGCGCUGCCAAUUAAUAAUUAGUUAUAGCACAGGAGCAUUUGGCCCGUCCACUCCAUUGCUUCCUGGAUGAAAGCAGAGCUCUAUCCUACCCUACGCCGAGUUGCGACUCGUCCAACAUGGCUGGCCAGGAAGAUCCAGUGCAGCGAGAGAUUCACCAAGACUGGGCGAAUCGAGAGUAUAUUGAAGUAAUUACGAGCAGUAUCAAAAAAAUCGCCGACUUUCUUAACUCAUUUGAUAUGUCGUGUCGAUCCCGUUUGGCCACUCUCAAUGAGAAGCUGACGGCGUUGGAAAGGAGGAUUGAAUAUAUUGAGGCGAGAGUGACAAAAGGAGAGACCUUGACCUAGAACUCAUCGUGGAAAUUAAUAGCAUCCUAGAGCUACCUGCCCAUCCCCCCAUCUCGAAUCCUUGGAAUAAGUGUUAUGGAUUCCACCCUCCUUUUUUGGGGCCAUGUGGACCAUUUUUAUAUUAAAUGGCUGAGUUCUGUGUUUUUUUUUUCUCUCAUGACGCAGUUGUAUAGAAGAUAUGAGGAUGUCUUGGGCGUCAGUGAUUCAAUCAUAAUCGAUGUUACGACAUAAAAAUAAGCUCCAUAAGUAUUGGUUUCAAAAAUGUUGUGGAGCUCAAUUAUGGAUCUGGUAUCAGCACAAUUUGUCGACCAUCUGUGUCCACAUCAGAGAUUUAUAAAAGGGGAACAUUCUUGUGUGCCAUGUUGAACAAGUAAUUGUGUAGUCAUCUUUAUUACGGACCUGCUUGUACAGUGAACUGUUAGGUGAUGUUUCAGGAUUUAAAUACUGUAAUAAAUGAUAAACAAUGA